AAUAAAAAGCUCAACGUCACACACGUUGCCGUGCGAGAAGUGCGCGAGGUGUGUGCACGUUCUUCCGGCUUGUGUCCGCUUUUCCCUUUUCCUUCGUUAAUGUUAUCGUCGUUUCAGUGAGUGUGCACUAUCUUUGACUGUGCGUGUGUGUUUUCGUUUUUUUAUUUUUUUUUUUUUUUUAACGCAAAAACCUGAAAUACAUUGUAGUUUGUCUCAUCGAGAAAUUCCCGAGCAACAAUAACAGCUGAAGAAACCCAGGUAGUUUACCUCAAGCCAAGGAGGGACGAGGGGCAAGAUGAACGGAUUGCUGAGGAUAUCGAACGUCCUGGCCAAGGGCCUACCCUUGACGACGCUGAACAAACUAGGCCUACCUAUAAUCAGUCAGCGUUCUCUACACUACACACCAAAUAGUAGUGCUAAGGUAUCCGAUGGAGUUUCCAAAAAUUACCCCCUAGUCGAACAUACUUACGAUGCAGUGGUUGUGGGUGCUGGUGGUGCUGGUCUGCGAGCGGCUUAUGGCCUUGUCGAGGAAGGUUUCAGAACAGCUGUCAUCACAAAAUUGUUUCCUACAAGAUCACAUACGGUCGCCGCUCAGGGAGGCAUUAACGCGGCGCUUGGUAAUAUGGAGGAUGACAAUUGGCAGUGGCACAUGUACGAUACUGUCAAGGGCUCGGAUUGGCUUGGCGAUCAAGAUGCCAUCCACUACAUGACCCGAGAGGCCCCCAAAGCUGUCAUUGAAUUGGAAAAUUGCGGCAUGCCGUUCAGUCGCACGCAGGACGGUAAAAUCUACCAGCGAGCCUUUGGCGGCCAGUCCCUGAAAUUCGGCAAAGGUGGCCAGGCCCAUCGGUGCUGUUGCGUGGCCGAUCGUACCGGUCACUCGCUCCUCCACACGCUCUACGGGAAAUCCCUGAGUUACGACUGCAACUACUUCGUCGAGUACUUUGCCCUCGACUUGAUCAUGGAGGAAGGCGAGUGCCGGGGUGUGCUUGCCCUGUGUCUGGAGGACGGCACGCUUCACCGGUUCCACGCCAAGAACACCGUCCUCGCGACUGGAGGCUACGGUCGCGCUUACUUCUCGUGUACGUCGGCGCACACCUGCACCGGCGACGGCACUGCCAUGGUCUCAAGGGCCGGACUGCCCAAUCAGGACCUCGAGUUUGUACAAUUCCAUCCGACCGGUAUUUACGGCGCUGGCUGUCUAAUUACCGAGGGGAGCCGAGGCGAGGGUGGCUACUUGGUCAACAGCGAGGGCGAAAGGUUCAUGGAACGCUACGCUCCGGUGGCAAAGGAUCUCGCGUCGCGAGACGUAGUUUCGAGAUCUAUGACCAUCGAGAUUCGAGAGGGCAGAGGAGUAGGACCAGAAAAAGACCACAUCUACCUUCAGCUGCACCAUUUGCCACCGGAGCAGUUGGCUGCCAGGCUCCCAGGUAUUUCGGAAACUGCUAUGAUCUUUGCUGGUGUCGACGUCACGCGCGAGCCCAUACCUGUGAUCCCCACUGUUCACUAUAACAUGGGUGGCGUACCCACAAACUACAGAGGACAAGUUCUGACAUCCAAGAACAACCAAGACGUUGUUGUUCCUGGCUUGUAUGCAUGCGGGGAGUCUGCUUGCGCGUCUGUCCACGGGGCUAAUCGACUGGGUGCUAACUCGCUACUCGAUUUGGUCGUGUUCGGCAGAGCUUGCGCCAAAACGAUCGCCGAAGAGAAUAAGCCCGGCGAAAAGAUCGGUACCAUUAGACCUGAUGCUGGAGAGGAAUCGGUGGCGAAUCUUGAUCGAAUAAGGUAUGCGAACGGAAACGUUACAACUGCUGAAUUAAGACUGAACAUGCAGAAGACCAUGCAAACUCAUGCCGCGGUCUUUAGGCAGGCUGAUACUUUACAAGAAGGGUGCAAAAAGAUGUCGUCUUUGUACAAAAAAUUGGACGACUUGAUGGUCGUUGACAGAUCGAUGAUUUGGAAUUCAGAUUUAGUUGAAACCCUCGAGCUGCAAAAUUUGAUGCUCAACGCGAUGCAAACCAUCUACGCGGCCGAAAAUCGUAAAGAGAGUCGUGGGGCUCAUGCCCGGGAGGACUUUAAAGAUCGAAUUGACGAAUACGACUACAGCAAACCCCUUGAGGGGCAGGUAGCGAAACCUGUGGAUCAACACUGGCGAAAGCAUACUCUCACAGAUAUUGACAUCAAGACUGGAGAUGUUAAAAUCCACUACAGGGGUGUCAUUGACCAUACUCUUGACUCUAAGGAAUGCGCCACUGUACCACCCGCGAUUCGUUCCUAUUAAGCUAAUUAUGUGAGGAUUAUCUUGAAUGUAGUUUUUCACUUUCAUGAGCUGAUAAUUUGGUUAAGUAAUU